ACUGUCAUCUCUAACAAAGUGUUGCUGUCAUACCUAAAUUGAAUAGGCACGACCGAUUUUCUUGAAAUUUGAAACAAUUAAAUAAUAUGUCCAGUUAUAUUGCCAGAAAAGGACCGGCUAUUUUCUCAAACUUGGGAAAAUGGGCUUACAACCUGUCUGGAUUCAACCAAUACGGUCUUCUUCGCGAUGAUUGUCUAUAUGAGAAUGAGGACGUGAAAGAGGCCGUGCGUCGAUUGCCCCGCAAGCUGUAUGACGAGCGCAAUUACCGCAUUAUGCGUGCCCUGCAUCUGUCGAUGACCAAAACAAUUCUACCGAAGGAGCAGUGGACCAAGUACGAGGAAGAUGUUAAGUACUUGGAGCCCUAUCUCAACGAGGUGGUAAAGGAACGCGAGGAGCGCGAGGACUGGAACAAAAACCAUUAGAUUUUCACACUAGCUGGACUUGUAAAUGUUAAAAUACAUAGUGUAGAUUAAACCAAUUUGCAGUCAA